GCCAGACCCUAAGCUGGGACCCCCUGCUUCCACUUCAAGUGGAGAAGGGGCGAGUGUGACUCUCUGCAGAGGCCAAUUUCCAGGACAGAAGCCCCAUCGGAGGCCCUGGACCCAGGGGACCCUCUCUGGGCUCCCUCCUCGCAUCCCCCUGUUCUGGCCCCUGCACAGGGAAGCCAAGGGGUAAGGAGUCCGGGGGCUGCCCAGUGCUGCCCCAGCUCGUACAGGCCCAGGAUUCCACCCGAGUCCAGGGUGGGGGCCCUCAGAAACUGCACCCCAGUCUCCGGGGCUGAGCUAGUCUCAGAGAAGGGCUUGGACUUGCCCGGGGUCCCCCAGUGAAUCAGCAGUGAACACCCGCGGUUCCUGGCAGCUGAGCCAGGAUCCAUAUAAUUUCAAUUGCAGAAUCUGUUUGGCCUUGAAGCCCCUCCCACUAUCACACGUUGCCAGCUGGACAGAACGCGCCCCCACCACCCAGGGUGUGGCCCAGAAGGGAGAUCAGGGCGGAUCAGCACGGGGGCCGGCUGCGACCCUGGGCCGGAGAGCACCUUCCUGCCCUCACUUCUGUUACGCAUUCCGUCCUGGACGCCAAGAACUGCCCGCUGGGCAGCUGCGAGUGGCCAGGACUCUGGGCCAAAAGCUGGGGAAUCCUGGCCUUUAUGCAGCGUCGGGGGUCUUCCUGUGGGCCCCCGGCCAGGGCGGAGGACAGGAAGAGGGCUCUGGGAGUCCUGGUCCGUGCGCCUUCGGCCUCAGCCUCGGGUAUCCCGCUGGGGCGGCUUGAUGGGCCAAGGGGGCUCAGGAAGCUUCGGCCCAGCCCGGUGCCCCCUCCCGAGUCUGUCAUUUCCGAACGGCCAUGCGAGGGCGCCCAGCGCGACAGGGACCACCUCCUGCCCUCCACGGAGGCCCAAAGACACCCAGGAGGGACGCCCGGCCAUCACUCCAAGGGCGAGGUCGCUCCCCCAUGGAGAAGGGCUCCCCAAAGUCCGAGCGCCCUCGGAGAAAGUCGCCGGGACCUGGGCCUUCGCCUCAACCCCCGCCCACCGCAACUUUCGCAGGCGGUAGCGGGGCAGGAAGUGGGGGGGCGGGGGCGGGGGCGGUGCUUGGGGCGCGGGGAGGUGCCAGACGAGUGCUCCGGCCCCGCCCCUGCCCCGCCCGGCCGUGGCCGCGCCCCCUGCGCCCCCAGCGCCCCGGAGCCGCUGAGCCGCGGAGUCAUCGAGUCGCAGCGCCGGGCGUGGGGACUGCGGGCGGGGCGAACAAAGCGGCGGCGACGCGGACGGCCCAGGCCCGGGACGCGCGGAGCGAGCGACCCCACCGGGCCUUUGUCUCGGGCGGGGCAGGAGCGGCGGCGGCCGCGGGGCGCCCGGAGCGCAGAAUGCGGCGCCCGGCGGCGCGGAUCGGGGAGCGCUGCGGCGACUGGCUGCGUGGAGCCCGGCCCGGGGCCCGCGGGCACUUGCGUGUGUGAAGCGGGGAGAUCCGGCGCGCUGCCCGUUGCCCGCCCCGCGGCCGCACGUGGGCGGGAGCGGCGGCCCGAGAGGAGCCCGAGGAGGAGGAGGAGGAAGAGGAGGGGACGCGCGGCGGCGCAGCGGGGGACCUGGGGCAGCCCGCGCGAAGCCCCGCCCCGGUCCUGAGCCCCGCGCGCGCGGGCGGGAUGCCCCGCGGCCGCUGCACUUUGGCUCCAGCGCUGCCCUGAGCCGGUCGGGCCCGCGGGCGCCAUGGAGCAGUGGCGGCAGUGCGGCCGCUGGCUCAUCGACUGCAAGGUCCUGCCGCCCAACCACCGGGUGGUGUGGCCCUCGGCCGUGGUCUUCGACCUGGCGCAGGCGCUGCGCGACGGGGUCCUCCUGUGCCAGCUGCUGCACAACCUCUCCCCCGGCUCCAUCGACCUCAAGGACAUCAACUUCCGGCCGCAGAUGUCCCAGUUCCUGUGUUUGAAGAACAUACGCACCUUCCUGAAAGUCUGCCAUGAUAAAUUCGGAUUAAGGAACAGCGAGCUGUUUGACCCCUUUGACCUCUUCGAUGUGCGAGACUUUGGAAAGGUGAGCAGUCACUUUCUCCAGCCCCGGUUGCCCAGCCGUGGUGGCCGAUUUGCCAGCUCAGUGGCAGGUGGGGCAGAUCCGUGGAGCAGCCUGAUUGACUCCAGCACGGAGCCAGUGGAUUUCUGCACCCUCGUGUCCAGGAGGUGCAGGCAGGUUGUGUUACAAACAGGAAGGUGUGGAAGCCGGAUUUGUGUGUAUCAGGACUGGGACAGGGGGAUGGCCCGUUUCUCUCUCCAGUCAGGGUGAGGCCAGCCGUGGUGAAUUCAGGCGGGUGGGGGAAGAGCAGAGUGCAGACAACCCUGGCCCUUCGGUUCUAGCCAGAGGACCCUGAGCAUUUACCUCCUGCCCCGAAUCUCUACUCUUCCUCUGAGAAUGGGCCGAAGUCAGCACCACCUCUUAAGGGGUUGGGGAGAUGAGGCGGGAAAAACGUCUACUAUGUGCUCUGUGAAUGGAUUCUCUCGGUUAUCCUGGGACAAGCAGAGCUGUUUCUGACUCCGGGCAGGUGUUGGGCAAAGAGGGGGUGAUUCUCCAGUGGUGACCCUGGGAAGUGUCUCUGUGUUCUCAGGAAGCCUCACAUGGCACCAGUCCUACAGGAGCCCGGCUGAUGCAGAUGACGGGACCCUGAGGCUGGUGGGUGCGAAGGCCCCGGGAGGCUGUAGUUCAUUGGUGGCCUCCUGGUUGUCAUGCGCGUCUGUGUGAAGAGACCACCAAACAGGCUUUGUGUGAGCAAUAAAGCUUUUUAAUCACCUGGGUGCAGGCGGGCUGA